AUGUCAAACAAUCCAAUCAAACAAAGUUCAUCGGAUCGAUUAUCGAAUUCUCAGCAAUCAAGCAAUAGAUAUGCUCUUCCUUUGAACACACCACAGUAUGGCGCAGCAGAUAUUCCAAUCACUCCAGAGUUUGGCCAACCACCAAUAAUAACACAGCCCUAUUUCCAAGAAGUUCCUAUGGGUGAUAUUCAGUUGGGUGCGAUGGACCUAAAUUCCCAGCCAUACAGUUCUUCGGAAAAGCAUGUGCACUACGAUACCAAUCCAAAGGUUUUCUUUUUGCCACCAGACAAGCCAGUCAAGAUUGUUUUUCAUAAUUUUACCAACUCUCUCACUUCCAUCCUACAAGCGAUUUUCAUUCCAUUGAUCACUACAUUUCUUAUCACGUUGAUUCCGGUUGGUCCGUUGUCCAACACAGGUUUUCUAAACAAUUGGUUAUAUAAUAUUACUUUUGUUUGCUCUCUGGUGUUCUCAUUGGUCAACCAAUUUUCAGCAUAUUUCCCACUGCCAAUCUAUAUUUUCCUACUGCCACUUUUAAAUUUGACAUUCCUCUCGCUCAUGAUCUAUCUACGUUCCGCUAGAAGAUUCACACCGGAAUUUAAUGCUGCUUUUAGAAGGUAUUUCGUUUUCCUUGUCCUCUGUACCCUUGUCAUUGCCGUCUCCAUUGGCUAUGUAAUUGCCUUUUCAUACAAAAGCUACCAGAUCCUUACAGGUGUAGUUUAUUAUAUUAUUAUUUUCUUUUUGAAUCAUUGUGUCAUUCAAGUCACAAGAAGUGGAACAUCAAAAGGAACACACAAUGUCAUAAGUUAUUGGGUGGAGACCAUGUCAGAGAUGGUCUUCCUAUUCAUGUUAAUCAAAGUGGUUCCAGUCAAUUUCUACAUUCUACUUGCAAUCAAAUUGAUUGCCACAGUUAGAUACCCAUUCUUUUUAACUGAUCGUUAUUGGAACUGGAGAAACGAUGUUAAAGACAAAUUGGAUCAAAAAGGAAUUGAUUUUAGUUUUUCUGUAUUGGGAUUACUUUUACCUGUUAGCAUUGAAAGAGAUGAACAUAAAACAAGAGUAGUAGAUAGAUUUUUCUUUACUGUUUUAUGUUAUUGUGGAGUACCAUUAUAUUAUAUUUUAGUAUCAUUAUGUGUUAGAUGGAGUCCAACUGCCAAAUUUUAUCCAUAUUUAUUAAUUUCUGAAAAUGAUUACAUUUGGUUGCUAAUUUAUGCAUUCUUUUGUAGUUUUACUUCAUUUAUGAGUUUCUUGGUCAUUCGAUAUCUAUUCCAAGUGAAAUUCCAUCUCUCAGUACUCAAUCAUCCAAUGUUAUCGCUGAAAAAUAACGUUAGAUUAUUCAUGUUUUGUAAUUUUAGUGCAUUAUUAUUACCAAUUACAUUUAUGUUAUUACAUAAUAAUGUAUAUUAUUUAGUAAAUUCAAAAUAA